CCCGGGAUCGAGCUUGGGUCCCAGGGGCCAAGGGAAGCGAGGGGGCGGAGGCAGGCGGGACAUGCCCUGGUCGUCCCGCGCCGCUCUCCUCCGGGACCUGGUCUUGGGCGUGUUGGGCACCGCUGCCUUCCUGCUCGACCUGGGCGCGGACUUGUGGGCCGCCGGCCAGUAUGCGCUCAGCGGCCGCUACCUGUGGGCCGCGCUGGUGCUGGCGCUGCUGGUCCUCGCCUCGGUGGCGCUGCAGCUCUUCAGCUGGAUCUGGCUGCGCGCCGACCCCGCCGGCCUGCACGAGUCGCAGCCUCCCCGCCGCUGCCUGGCGCUGCUGCACUUCCUGCAGCUGGGCUACCUGUACAGGCGCAGGUGAAGAAACCGAUGUUCAGAGAAGAGGGAAAGAGGGCUUGGCAGCCAGAUUUCUCUGGGGUCCGUGUCUGGCUGUGCCACCUGGGACCUUUCUGCGUUUCUCUGAGCCUCGGUUUUCUCCUCUAAGGAAAGUGGCAGUUGCGGAGAGAGGUCGGGCAGGCAGGUGUCUGCAGGGGCUGCGGCAGGGCCUGUCAGUGUGGCAGCAGGAGGUGCCCUCUGAGUUUGACCUGGCUUAUGCCGACUUCCUGUCCUUGGACAUCAGCAUGCUGCGGCUCUUUGAGACCUUCCUGGAGACGACACCACAGCUCACACUGGUGUUGGCCAUCAUGCUGCAGAGUGGCCGGGCUGAAUACUACCAGUGGGUCAGCAUCUGCACGUCCUUCUUGGGCAUCUCGUGGGCACUGCUGGACUACCACCGGGCCUUGCGCACCUGCCUUCCCUCCAAGCCCCUCCUGAGCCUGGGCUCCUCUGUCAUCUACUUCCUGUGGAACCUGCUGCUGCUGUGGCCCCGAGUCCUGGCCGUGGCCCUGUUCUCAGCCCUUUUCCCCCACUACGUGGCCCUGCACUUUCUGGGCUUGUGGCUGGUGCUGCUGCUCUGGAUCUGGCUCCAGGGCACAGACUUUAUGCCAGACCCUGUCUCCGAGUGGCUGUACCGGGCGACGGUGGCCACCAUCCUGUAUUUCGCCUGGUUCAAUGUAUCUGAGGGCCAUACCCGCGGCCGGGCCACCAUUCACCUGGCAUUCCUCCUAAGUGACAGUGUUCUGCUGGCAAUCACUUGGGUGACUCAUAGCACCUGGCUGCCAGGCGAGAUCCCUCUGCAGAUGUGGCUUCCUGUGGGAGGCGUCUGCUUACUUUUGGGUCUGGCUCUGCGCCUCAUCUAUUACCGCUGGCUCCACCCUAGCUGCCGCUGGGAGCCUGACCGGGUGGAUGGGGCCCGAAGUCUAUUUCCUUUGGCCCAGGGUCAGCUGCCUCAGAAUAGGCGCAUGACUCAUUUGGCUCGAAACUUUUUCCCCAAGGCUAAGGAUCAGGCUGCUCUGCCAAGGAAGGGAGAGGUGAAUGGGGUCCUUUGAGGCAGGGUCAGACCAGCCACGGGAGAGUUCACAGUGUGAUAAAAGGAGAAGGCCAAGGCCCUGGAAGGCCAAGGGUGCUAAUCAUUAUGUACGAGACACUUUGGGAGGAAAGAAGGGAACUCCUUUUCUCCUUCUCCCCAACCAGUAUAGCUGGUGUCCCCAGAGCUUCCCAUUGCUGGUCUUCAAAGCACUUGGUGGAAGUGCAAGGCCAGCUUGGGUUUCCCUGUCCUGCCUAGAAGCCCCCAGGACACCUGGGGAAGUUUUCCCUGCACCACCCCAUUUGUUCAAUUCAUUCAGCACAUGUUUACUGAGAGCACUUUAUGUGCUGGGAACAUUUUUCUAACUGUGGAACCAGCUGCUGCUCUUUAGCUUCACCCCUUCCUGCUCCAGCCAAUCCUGGGUAGGAACUCAAAGGCUGGAGGCCAGGGACGCCCAACUCCGCGCGGCCCCUGCCAGCCCCUGCAGGGUCUUAGCGCAGCUGUUCCGACCUCAGAUGGGGCUGCCUUUCACUCAAGUGCCUUGUGGACCUGUGGUCUGGACCAUGCACAGCCGUGGAGUAUUUUUAUUUGUUAACCAGUGCACCUCCUACCUCAGAGUUGAUGUGAGAGAAAGAGAAUGUGUACAAACGUGUUGCUGCCAGUGAGGAAACACGUGUUAUUUUUGUUUAACAGUAUUAUUAGGUUAUUAUUAAAACCUCGUGAA